AUGGUGGAAACAGUAGAAAAAGUGUUGGAUCAUGAAGAAUUGGUCUCAUUGCAAAUUUAUAUUGAUGAGAGUUUGAAACAUGGAAAACUGAUGAGAAUCAAAGCUGAUAUACUAAAUUUAUUGGAUUGGCUUAUAGUAUGUGAAGUGAUAAAGGGAGGUCUGACUGUACUUGGUGCAGUCGAAGAUGCUAUCACAAUGAUUGCAAUGAAA